AUGGUAGCUCUGAGAGAAGAUUACUGGAUAUUAAAAGCUAGAAGAACUGUAAAAAAGGUCCUAGGUCAUACAUCCUUGAAUUACCCGGAAAAUGAAACUGUUUUGUGUGAUUGUGAACGCCAACUCAAUUCAAGACCUUUAACAUAUGUUAGCGAUGAUCCUGAUGAUUUAUGUCCUUUAACACCUGAUUUAUUCCUGGAAGACACUAGCACUAAUAGUACUACGAACUUGGAUAGAUUAAAGCUUACUGACAAGACGGAAUUAAACAAAAGACUUGUGUAUAGAAGAAGACUGAUGACAGAUUUACGAGCAAGAUUCCGUAGUGAAUAUCUGAGUCACCUACAUCAUAGACUGACAGUUCGAAAACCAACAUACCAUCCUAAAGUUGGAGAUAUCUUCUUGAUUUGGAAUGAUAAUCUCAAAAGAAUACAUUGGCCCUUGGGAAGAAUACUCUCAGUUUACACAAGUAAAGAUGGACUGAUCAGAAGAGCCAAAAUUAAGACCAAAUCAGGAAUUCUGAUCAGACAAAUUCAAAAUCUCUGCCCAUUAGAAAUGGACGAGGAGAAUCUCAACAGCGAAGACCAGCUGCCAGAGACUUCCAAAGAUGAGCCAGAAGGACCAUCAUCGGACAUUCCUGAUUCCACUCCUGCUACUACCAGAGUUGGACGUGUUGUUCGCCCAUCCUCCAGAUUUGGACAAUGA